GUGUGUAUCUGCGUCCACUCAGGAACAUCCAUUCGGACACGCACUCCCGUCAUGCAUUCAUGCAGCCGUGUUACCUACAAAAAACAACUAAAAGGUUGUGCAUUUCACUUACGUUGUAUGGGGCGCGGUCACAAAGUCACCUGCUCUCACAGACACAUUUAGACAGACAGACAGACAGACAGACAAACAGAUAGCAUAAGCGCAGAAAUCAAUGGAGACACAUCAAUGCUACUUACAUACUUAUCGUGCUCGGCAGCAGAGGUAGACGCCAAAGGCAAUGGCCCCGGCCGACAGCAUUACGCCACCACCGAUCAGCAGCCACGUGUACUUGUGCCAGAAAGACGUCUCGGCGUUCUUGUCUGCCUGUUUCUUGGCCUGGGCGUUCAAGAUGUGUUCCAGUGGGAGCUUCCGACAGCACUUGCAGCUCUUCGCCAGAGCAUCUCGCGUGUAGGCUGCAGGGCGGGUUUCCCCCGUGGCGUCGUCUCCGAUCCUGUACCUUCCAUAGCGGGUGAGCGUGCUGUCAAUUUCGUCGAGAAUCGGUUUUCUGCACUCCUGCAAAUGGGCUUCGUUGAGACUGGAUGGAGGCAGGCAUGAAAGUGACAAGAAGACACACACGUACAACAAAUCCUAUCAUGUACCACAGGCACGGCUGGCUCACUGGCGAGGGAUGCCAGCCUCCGAGUCCCUUCAUGACGUCAGUGGUGAUCGUGCAUUCUUUGCCUCCCUUGCAGGCCUCAUUCGGAUCGCAGUGAUUUGCUGUCGCACCAGCACAAACACACACACACACACACACACAACACACACAUCAGAUGUUGGCAGGACUCAGGAGACACUCAACAGCAUUCGUAAUGUGUCGGGUCGAAGGCUUCGGUGGCUUCGGCCUCAAGCAGGGCGGCGGGUUCGAGCUUGCUAGAGUGGCGAGGCAAACGAUGACGGCCCGCUCCAACUGUGUUUACUCCAUGUACACACACACAUAGCCGGCAAUAUAUACUGAUAGCGCUGUCUCCCGCUACGUCGUUUCGUUCCUUACCGAUGGCCUCGAGGGCCCCUGAGCGGGUCAUCGGGUGCUGUUGUCGGCUGUCACGGGUGCUGCUGUCGGCAAAGGCCGUCUGCUGUGCUGCAGCAUCCAUGAUAGCAGCAGCAGCAGCAGCAGCAGCAGAGCGUCAGACAGCAGACGGCAGACGGCAUGCGGAUGGAGCGCAGCGCCUGCGUACCCCGCCAGUUGCCGGUGUGCGCGGCGGCACAGAAGCUUAUGAGUAGGACCGAGGCGAUUACUGGCAUCAUAUUGAACUCGGUCGGCUGAUUCACUCUGCCCCACCUGGCAGUUUACGGUGGCUUCGUCUACUUCGUGCUGUUGACGUGGGCGUGUGAACCUGGGCCGGAUAAAUGAGACACGGAUAAACUCUUCGAUUUUGA